CCCGGGUGCCACCCAGCAUGCCAGCAGCGCACAGAGGCUUCGGCAAGAUCUCACGCUCAGCAGUGCUGUUUGCCAGCAGACCCAAAGCAAUGGGGAUCCUUUGCUUCAUCUUAAUCUUCAUCUCUCUGCCCACUCAUGGAGAUGCUUAUGGACCAGACAGCUGUAACUAUGAAGGGGGCUUGUGCCGAGUUGGGAAUUGCAUUUCUGGUGAAUAUCUGGCCAGGUUCUGCUUUGAGCCCAUCAUUCUCUGCUGUAAGAGUUUGUCACACACCACCACGAAGAGCUGAGGAUCCCCAAAGGGGGAAGCUGCAGCGCAUGGAGAGCUGCAGGCUCCACUAAGAAGCAAUGAGCUGCUGUUGGGAAGGAAAUGUUCUGCCUUUCUGUGACUGCUGCUCUCCUGGGAGAACAUGGCUGGGAAUUCACCCCUGGAUUUCUGAACAUGUUGCUGUUUGCAUUUGCUGUGACUUUACAGAAACCAUUGUGGUGAGAAGAAACUGGGGCCACACAGUUUAUUGUCCCUUUUAAUGUCUGCUUGUUACUGCCAUGCACAGAUGAGAAAUUGCCUUCCUUUUUACUUGAAAGCAAUAAAGCUGAAG